GACUGGACAUUUUAACUAAAUAAGUUGAGUUUAACCGAGUUUACUGAAAUUAAAAUACUACUAUCGAAUUUCUACUUCAAGGCUAGUUUAAAACUUAAAAUGGCUACUUUAUGUAAUCGUCUUACAAAGAAAUUGUAUUUAAUUGGAGACUCAAACACGGAGAAAGCAUCAUUUAAUAAUGGUUUUGCAGCUAAGCUUACAGAGGAAUAUUCAAGGAGGUUAGAUGUUGUCAACAGAGGCUUCAGUGGAUACACUACACAGCAUAUACGUAUAAUGAUACCAAAGCUUCUAAAAAAUGACAAUCCACUGAUCGGAUGUAUUCACACUGCGAUAAUACUGUUGAGUACAAAUGAUUCAGUUGAUCCAGAAUUAGAUAAAAGAGCAGUUGAUGUUAACAAGAGCAAGGAAAAUCUAGAGUUUAUCAUCAAAAAUUUGAGAGAUAAUGGGGUUUUAAAUAUUAUAUUAUUAACUCCGCCUCCUAUUGAUGGAGAAAAAUGGCAUGAUUUUAUGAUGGAAACACAAAAUCGACCAGGAAGUUUCUCAAAUAAAAGAGUUUUGAAUUACGUUAAAAUGUGCAGAGAGUUAGCUAUAGAGCAGCAAAUCCAUAUUAUUGACCUCUACGAUUGUAUUAUAAAGUUAGAAAAUUGGAAGCAGUAUUUUUAUGACGGACUUCAUUUUUCACAAAGUGGUAACUUGUUAGUUUUUUAUAAGCUAAAGGAGGUUUUGGAUGUUCUUCUUGCAGAUGUUGUACCUGCGUAUCCUGAUUGGAAGGACAUUGAUCUAAACAAUCCAGAUAUCAGUUUAGGAUAAUCUUUACUUGUUAUGUAUAUAUAAAAAGAAUAUAGCUGCAUUAUGUUCAGUA